CAACAUUUCAUGUCCUUUUCUAUGCCAUCUAUGCCAUCAACCACAAAUGACAAGGUCAAUAUUUCUAGUUAUGGGUGUUUUAGCCAUCCUUGGGUAUGCAUCAAUGUGUAGAGCCACAACGUACACGGUGGGUGACACCUCUGGUUGGGACAUAGCCACCGAUGUCGAUUCAUGGGCUCAAGAUAAACAUUUUGUCGUUGGUGACGUUCUUUCUUUUCAAUACUCUUCAAGUCAUAGUGUGGCGGAGGUGAAUCGAGAUAGAUACGAGGGGUGCAACACGACCAAUGUACUACAACCAAGUAGUAAUGGGAACACAACAUUUGCUUUGACAAAACCAGGAGAUAGGUACUUCAUAUGUGGUAAGCAGCUACAUUGCUAUGCUGGAAUGAAGCUUCACGUGGUUGUUGAAGGUAAGGCCGCAGAAGCACCUGCCGGAGCACCACAGGCGGAGUCCGGUGGUGAUUCCACCACCACCACGAUCCCUUCUUCAAAAAAUAAUAAUCCAUCGCCUAUUGUUCGUAAUUCAUCCACAUUUGUGCGUGUUGGGUUUAAGUCACUAGUUUUCGUGGCUUUUACAUGUCUUAUGUCAUGGAUUAUGUAG